CUCCAUCAGAACCGGCGGUUGUGGUCUCGCUGGCUGUGAAAACCCCUACUUUGUUUCGCGAACAUGUCCGCGCCUGCUAUCCCAAACCUAAACUCUCUUCGCAGAGGAGGCCAGCGCGGACGAGGGAGGAGUCGAGCGGAUCACGCUGCACAUGUCGGUGCCGGGCACGGAUCAAGUCGCAACCAGCUUCAUCACGAUGAAAUUGUGCAAAGCACGGAUAACGACGCUGCAACUUCUCGACAAAGUGCUGUAGAUGCUGGUUACCUUGAGGACCCGUUCUCUGCGCUGCUGCACACUGGAGGUCCGGUGACAAGACGGUUGCCGCUCAUGAACAGAGGUAGGUUUCUGGCUGUGAACAUGGCCCGAGUCCUCAAUUUACCGGCCGCAGGUACUUACGUCAGGACGACUUGCAUUGACCGCAUCGUCGAUACUUUCCUGUCUUCUGCAGGGGAGGGGCGCAAGCAAAUCAUCUCCUUGGGCGCCGGUAGCGACACCCGAUAUUUUCGCUUGAGGCAGAAACGCCGGAAACCUGACGUGAUUUACCACGAACUCGACUUCGAAGCCAACACACGGCGAAAGAUCAGCCAACUGCGCAGCCCUAGCUUCGAAGCAGCCGCAAAGCAAUUUGCUGAGGUAGACUUGCGGGGAGCAGACGUUCAGGUUUCCCACGACGCGGCUGGGUUGAUGUCCUCCGAUUACGUUGUCCAUCCUCAGGACCUCCGUCACCUCCCACAAAAGGAAGACUUGCUGACCGGCAUGGACAUGACUCUCCCUACGCUGAUAAUUUCGGAGUGCUGUCUCGUGUACCUUCCACCUGACGGCGCUGACGCGGUAUUGCAUUACUUCUCGAAGCUAUUUCCCAAAACGACACCUCUAGCUAUUGCCAUCUAUGAGCCUAUCCGUCCCCACGACUCAUUCGGAAAGACCAUGGUAAGCAAUCUGAUGGGCCGAGGGAUACAGCUGCAGACUCUGGAGAAGUAUGCAGGUCUGGAGGAGCAGAGAACGCGGUUGAGAACACAUGGGUUUGGGGACGAUGAAGCAAGUUCUCGCGGAGGUGCAGAGGCGGCCGACAUAGACUUCGUCUGGCAAAGAUGGAUAGCACCGGAGGAGAAGGAACGCGUUGAAGGGUUGGAGUGGAUGGACGAGGUGGAGGAAUUCGUUCUCCUUGCCAAACACUAUUGUAUCUGCUGGGGCUGGAAAGGGUUUGGAGACGAUUCACCUUGGAACGAUUUACCUGGAUCGAGAUCCUGAGUGAUUCUGUUGACAUCAUCCGGUCGAGGUCGCUCAAUCUUGGUGACGGACUGAUAUCAUAAUAUCGACUUCCAGUGUCCGAAGGAGAGGAAUCGAUACUCCAUCCCUCGUAGAGUUUCCCCCAUUGUUAUUAUGUGGAGAGCCGCGGGAAGUGUCACGUGC